GUGGGUCUGACUGUGAGAGUGAGUGAGGGGCGACCAGACUGUCUGGACCAAUCAUAUACGGUACACACUAUACAGAAUGAAUUAAAUUAUCGUGGAGCCCAAACAUUUCAUCUGAAAAUUUCUGCCCACAGUAUUUUGUGCGAUGGAGCUUGCUCACAGUUUAUUGCUAAACGAAGAAGCCUUAGCACAAAUAACUGAGGCGAAGCGACCUGUAUUUAUCUUUGAAUGGCUACGUUUCUUGGACAAAGUGAUCGUUGGUGCAAAUAAGCUGGAUGUGAAGGAAAAGCAAAAGAAACUGGUUGAACAACUGACCGGACUUAUCAGCAGUUCUCCAGGUCCACCCACCCGUAAGCUUCUUGCUAAGAACCUGGCAACGCUGUACAGCAUUGGGGAUACCUUCACUGUCUUCCAAACCCUGGACAGAUGCAAUGAUAUCAUCAAGAGUAAGGAUGACACACCAGCAUACCUCCCCACCAAGCUGGCGGCAGUGGCCUGCGUUGGAGCGUUUUAUGAGAAGAUGGGACGAAUGCUGGGCAGCUCCUUUCCUGAAACUGUCAGCAAUCUUUUAAAGGCUUUGAAAAGUGCAGAGUCACAGGGACGCAGCGAGAUUCUGUUAAGCCUACAGAAAAUACUAAGUGGACUUGGGUGUGCUGCUGCUUCCUGCCAUCGGGAUAUCUACAAGAAUGCUCGAUCAGGUUUAACUGACCGUUCCAUGGCUGUACGAUGUGCAGUAGCUAAGUGCCUGCUGGAAUUACAGAAUGAAUCCGUCUUUAUGUGGACGACAGAGCUGGAAAACGUGGUUACUCUUUGUUUUAAGGCACUGGAAGGAUCUAACUAUGGGGUCCGUGUUGCAGUAUCAAAGUUACUUGGUACUGUCAUGGCAACAGCUUUAAUGCCUAAGCAGGCAGCAGUGAUGCGCCAGAAUGUGAAGCGCGCCACACUGGAUGAAGUCUUGGAGUUGAUGGCAACAGGGUUUUUGCGGGGGGGCUCGGGAUUCCUCAAGAGUGGAGGAGAAAUGCUAAAAGGUGGAGGCUCUGUCAGCCGAGAGGUGCGAGUUGGGGUCACACAGGCAUAUGUGGUCUUUGUUACAACGCUCGGAGGACAGUGGCUGGAGCGCAAUUUUGCUACCUUCCUUACUCAUGUGCUGGAGCUCAUUUCCCAUCCUCGAGCCACACAAAGUCACGUUGAGGCAGUGUAUUCACGUCGCUGUGUUUCUUUCAUCCUUCGGGCCACUGUGGGCAGCCUGAUGGGAGAGAAGGCACAGAUCGCAGCUGCAAAGGAGAUCUGCCAGGCGAUUGCUAAACAGAUGAAGGCAGUAGAAUCGGUGGUGAAUGACGCCAAUAAUGAAAAUAAAUCAGGAGCAACCGAUGUUUCCGCUAGUCAGCAUGUGAUGGUCUGUGCUCUCCAAGAAAUGGGGAGCCUGGUGCAGAGUCUAAGUGCAACCGCAUCACCCCUUAUACAGGAGCCCUCUGUCGGUCUCCUUGAGACGGUGACCUCAGUCCUGCUGCAUCCUAGCAUGGCUGCCAGGCUGAGUGCUGCAUGGUGUCUGCGCUGCAUUGCUGUGGCAUUACCCUACCAGCUCACUCCGCUGUUGGAUAGAUGUGCGGAGCGCAUCAACAGUCUGAAAACAUCACCAGAAGCUGUCACUGGCUAUAGCUUUGCAAUGGCAGCGUUGUUGGGCAGUGUACACCAGUCCCCAUUGGGAAUCCCUCAUGCCAAAGGAAAGAUGGUGGUGAGCAUUGCAGAGGACCUGCUACGGACUGCUUCACAGAACAGCCGUCUGUCACUACAGCGCACCCAAGCUGGCUGGCUUCUCCUUGGAGCCCUGAUGAGCCUAGGUUGGAACUAUAGAAAGCAUGACUGGCACUACCAUUCGUCUAGUCUCCGGUCCAAGGAAGGGCCUUCUGUUGUUCGAUACCAUCUUCCCAAGAUGCUGCUACUUUGGCGUAAUGUGUUUCCACGUUCCCUGAAAGAACUUGAGGCCGAGAAAGCUCGAGGGGACUCUUUUACAUGGCAAGUGACCUUGGAAGGCCGCGCUGGGGCGUUAUGUGCUAUGAGAAGUUUUGUUGCCCACUGUCCUGAGCUUCUCACUGAAGAUGUGAUUCGCAGACUUAUGACUCCCAUUGAAUGUGCCAUGUUGAUGCUGUCUCAUAUUCCGUCCGUCAUAAAGGCUUAUGGAGCUCAACUGAAAGCAAGUGCAGCAAUGGUGCGUUUGCGUCUGUAUGACAUUCUGGCUUUGUUGCCUCCAAAAACAUAUGAAGGAAGCUUUAAUGCUUUGCUUCGAGAAUUGGUUGCAGAGUUUACCCUGACUGAUAAUUCUGCCAACACAACUACAUCUCUACUGCGAUCGCUCUGUCACUAUGACGACAGUGUUCUCUUAGGAUCAUGGCUGCAGGAAACUGAUCAUAAGUCAAUUGAAGAUCAGCUCCAGCCAAAUAGUGCCUCAGGAAGUGGAGCCCUGGAGCAUGAUCCAUCCUCGAUCUAUUUGCGUAUUCCUGUGGGGGAGGCUGUACCUGGACCUCUUCCACUUGGCGUGUCAGUCAUUGAUGCUUCUGUUGCGCUCUUUGGUGUGGUAUUUCCUCAUGUAUCUUUCAAGCAUAGAUUACAGAUGCUGGACCAUUUUGCUGAAUGCAUUAAGCAGGCGAAGGGAGUGCGUCAGCAGGCAGUACAAAUCAACAUUUUCACUUCUGUUCUCAGUGCACUUAAGGGACUUGCUGAAAAUAAGAGUACCCUGGGUCCUGAUGAAGUGCGAAGGUCUGCUCUAGCAUUGGUUAUGGGAGCUCUGGACAACCCCAAUCCAAUUCUGCGAUGUGCAGCGGGUGAAGCUCUGGGAAGGAUGGCACAGGUGGUCGGAGAGGCCACUUUCAUAGCCAGGAUGGCACAAUACAGUUUUGACAAACUGAAAUCUGCCCGUGAUGUGGUAUCUAGGACCGGUCACUCACUUGCUCUUGGUUGUCUCCAUCGAUACGUGGGGGGAAUCGGCUCUGGGCAGCAUCUGAAGACAAGCGUCAGCAUUCUUCUGGCUCUUGCUCAAGAUGGAACCUCCCCUGAAGUGCAGACCUGGGCUCUUCAUUCCCUAGCUCUGAUUGUAGACUCUAGUGGUCCAAUGUAUCGUGGAUAUGUGGAGCCAACACUUUCACUCGUUCUCACACUUCUUCUGACUGUUCCUCCAUCGCAUACAGAAGUGCACCAGUGUUUGGGUCGUUGUUUGGGAGCAUUAAUUACUACAGUUGGACCAGAGCUGCAAGGUAAUGGAGCCUCAACAUCAACAAUCCGUUCAUCAUGUCUCGUAGGCUGUGCCAUAAUGCAAGAUCAUUCCGACUCUCUCGCUCAGGCAGCAGCUAUAUCCUGCCUGCAGCAGCUUCAUAUGUUUGCACCACGGCACGUCAAUCUCUCAAGCCUAGUCCCUAGCUUGUGUGUACACUUGUGCAGUUCUCAUCUGCUCCUCCGUAGAGCCGCUGUGGCAUGCCUUCGGCAGCUGGCUCAGAGGGAGGCAGCCGAGGUGUGUGAAUAUGCAAUGAGUCUUUUGAGAAAUGUUGGAGACAAGGAAAGCAGUGGCAUUGAUGUGAGCAUCACCGAGACUGGUCUCGAGGGAGUGCUCUUUGGAAUGCUUGACCGUGAGACUGAUCGCAAGCUGUGCGCUGACAUUCAUGACACACUGGGUCAUAUGCUCUCAUCCUUGGCAGUUGAAAAACUAUCUCAUUGGCUGAAGCUAUGCAAAGACGUUUUAGCAGCAACAACUGAUGUGAAUGCUGCAGGCCAGCUGGAAGGAAUGAGAGAUGAUGAUGGAGAAAAAAAGGAUGAAAUGGACGAUGAAAUAAUGUUCACCAGUAUCGGCGAUGAUGAUAAAUCCAAGCCCUCGGUUGCCCCCCGAUGGGCUACCCGUGUGUUUGCUGCUGACUGUCUUUGCCGUAUUAUGCUGCUGUGUGAGAAUGCAGACAAAGUUCACUUUGAUCUUGCUAAGGCCAGGACAGCGAAGCUAAAGAAUCCCAGAAAUGAUCUGUUGGUGUUGCACCUCUCUGACCUUAUCCGCAUGGCCUUCAUGGCAGCCACUGACCACAGUAACGAGCUACGAAUGGCAGGACUCCAGGCGCUCGAGGACAUCAUCAAAAAGUUUGCAGCAGUCCCGGAGCCCGAGUUUCCAGGUCAUGUGAUUUUGGAACAGUAUCAAGCAAAUGUAGGAGCAGCUUUGAGACCUGCGUUUUCCCAGGACACCCCAUCAGACAUCACUGCCAAGGCUUGUCAGGUUUGCAGCACUUGGAUUGGAAGUGGGGUGGUUAGUGACCUGAAUGAUCUGCGCAGAGUUCACAAUUUACUGGUGUCCUCCUUAGACAAGGUACAGGCUGGGAAGGGUUCCUCAAGCCAACUCUACAGUGAGAGUGCUACCACUAUGGAGAAGCUGGCAGUCUUAAAAGCUUGGGCAGAGGUGUACAUUGUAGCUAUGAACACUAAGAAAGAAGCAGAGACCAAACCAAUAAAACCAGUCAAGAGCACCGAUGGCGACAAUGAUGAUUUUGAUGCUACAGAUGAGCUCCCUGCAGACAGCUUGAUAACACUAGUGCAGCCAGAGCUGCUGAUUCUCAGUCGCCUCUGGCUGGCUGCACUGAAAGACUAUGCCCUUUUAACUCUACCAGCAGAAUUUGCCAGCCAAUUGCCAUCUGACGGAGGAGCAUUCUAUACACCCGAAACCAUAGAUAGUGCCAGGCUGCACUACCGUACCUCCUGGGCCCCAAUAUUGCACGCAGUGACAAUCUGGUUGAACAGCACGGGAUUCACUGUUGCAGAUUUGCCAGAAGAUCCACCCGUUUCGAAUGCGCAGAAAACCCAAACGGGUGUUGUCUUGGGUCAGUCAUCUGGUGCUUCAAUUCUUGCCAAAACACUGGAAGCGAUCAACACAGAUCGGCUUCAUCUUAUAUUUGGCAUCAGUAUAGAGUUUCUAUGUUCUCCCAGGCCUGAGGAACCGUUGGAACAUGUUGCAGCUUGCCUACAGGCUUUGCACACAUUGUUGGACUCCUCCUAUGCUAGAGCCUACAUUGGAGAGGAUCAGCUUCUUGUAGUUGAGCUGCUUAAUGUAUUACACCGCCUUUUGCUUACUUGUGGCCCUCCCUCAAUCCAAUUACAAGUGACUCGUGUUGUGCAGCAGACAAUUCGAGCUGCUCAAGAUUAUCUUCAAGAGCAACAGCAGAACAUUCAAAGUGGUAAACCCAUUUCUGAGAAGGAUUCACUGGGGGAAGGAGGUGAAACUGGUGGUCUCAUUCCCGGAAAAUCGCUUGUGUUUGCAGCACUGGAACUACUUAUGUUUAUCCUGGUGCGACACCUUCCACAGCUAAAUCCUAAAGUAACAGAAUCUCCCAGUCAUGUUCCUAACAAGGCACAGCUUUUAUCAGAAGAGAGCGGCCGCCUUGUUGCUGCCACUGUUACUAUCUUGGCUGAUUUGCCAUCUCUUUGUUCUCCAUCAGGCAGUAUGACAGUGCUACCCACAAUCCUUUAUCUUAUCACGGGAGUACUGAGAGAAACAGCAAUAAAAUCAGCAGAUAAUCAUGUAGCUCCUCCAGUCAGUGCAGCUCUACAGGCAAUAAAGACUAUCAUUACUUCUCCAUUGGCCAAAUCAGAUGAAAUCCACAAGCCAUGGAAAGGCCUCAUAUGUAGCUCUCUGGCUUCUGUUUUGGAAUAUUCAAAACCAGAGGAAUCAAAAUCUAAUGUAGAUGAAGUAAGCAUGCUCACAGCCAUUACCCUGUUCUUAUUGCCUGCCAGUAACCAGGUAGUUGGCAUUCAAGCUCUGCAAAAUUGUUGCAUUGAGAGAUUCAGAAGUGCUUUAAAUUCCAACGACCCCUGGGUUCAAGCAAAAUGUUACCAGCUCCUGCUUUCAGUGUUUCAACACUCAAAUCGCGCCCUCUCUACUCCAUAUAUCCAUGCACUGGCUCCACUAGUGGUUGAGAAGCUAAAGACCGUGGAGAAAAAUAAACCAGAAAACAGUGCUGAACUUCAAGCGGUACAAGAGGGAAUCAAGGUCCUUGAAACACUGGUUAAUCUGGGAGAGGAACAGAAUAGAAUACAGCUACUUGCUCUUUUAGUCCCAACCCUUAUUUCUUACCUGUUGGAUGAAAAUUCAUACAACUCAGCUACCACAACCUCAAAGGGUCUUCAUGAAUUUGCACUGCAGAACCUGAUGCGUAUUGGUCCCCUUUAUCCAAAUGCAUUUAAAGUGGUGAUGGGAGCAGUGCAAGAGCUCAAAUCAAAACUGGAAGGUGCAAUUCGAGCAAGCCAGGCCAGCAACAGAGCGAAGGCAGCAAUGCGACAAACACGGCCUGUGGUACAAGCUGCUCCAACCAUCAAGCUUAAGACCAGCUUCUUCUAAAGGGUGGUGUGAAUCUUAUUGUGUUAUCACACUGAUUGAAAAUGCAGUGAACAUUUAAAACAUAACGUUUAAAACUAUCAUCUUUAUUGUUGUUCAAGUGUGAAUUGCCUAUGAUCUUUUCUGUACAGUCCAGGUUCAAGGUUUCUGUUGGGUGUAUAAAUCAUUAAAAAUAAUUGGGGUUUAUUGUUCGGAAACGGUUGUGUAUAGAUAUCACAUAAUUGUAUAGCAGAGUCAUCUAAACUGCGUGUUAUAAAUAAAGGCAAUGCAAAGACUUCAAAAAA